CAAGACUCGGCUUUCCUUGAGAAACAGGGACACGGUCGAAGCUCUAUCGUCCAUGCAUACUCCAUAUCUUCUCUCUAUCUCCUAAUCCCUAACCCUAACCCAAGAUUUAUUCAAAUUAUCUAUUGCUGCCAUUGAAGAAAAACAUGGAGGCUCAUCAUCAUCAUCAUCAUCAUCAGUUCACUCACAAUAUAUUUGAGAGACGCCCCAUUAUCAGAUCAAAGACUCCUGCUGUUAAAUGGUUCAAAGAAUGGGUGCCUCAGGAUGUGGUUGCAACUGGUGGAAGGUGUUCUCUUUUCAAAUGGGUAACAGAGAACCAAUUAAAUGCCUUGAAAGAGAAGGCAAAAGAGCCCCCAGCACCGGAGCCAGAACCAGAGCCUACUACUGAGGUUCUUUUCCUUUGCAGUUUUGAAGGGUGUGGUAAGACCUUUAUCGAUGCUGGUGCUUUGAGAAAGCAUUCUCAUAUACAUGGAGAGAGACAAUAUGUUUGUCACUAUGAGGGAUGCGGAAAGAAAUUUUUGGAUAGUUCCAAGUUGAAAAGACACUUUUUAAUUCAUACAGGGGAAAGAGAUUUCAUAUGUCCUCAUGAAGGCUGUGGUAAGGCAUUCUCCUUGGAUUUCAACCUGAGAUCUCACAUGAAAACACAUUCACAAGAAAACUAUCAUAUCUGUCCAUACCCAGAAUGUGGAAAGAGAUAUGCUCAUGAAUACAAGCUGAAGAACCACAUUGCAUCUCAUCAUGAAAAGAAUCCGACUCCAGAAGUGGUGAAAUAUGCUACACCUCCAGAGAGGAUACCUAAGAAUGCCAAGACUCCCCCAGGGGUUUAUGGCUCUGCAUCAUCAGAUCGACCAUACAUUUGCCCUUAUGAAGGGUGUGAAAAGGAUUACAUCCAUGAAUACAAGCUCAAACUCCAUCUGAGAAGAGAGCAUCCUGGCCACAUGGCAGAUGAGAAUGCUGAGAAUGCAACACCUAAUGCUGACAAUGAAUUGGAUGAAGCCAGUGAUCAAGAUGCUUAUGGUGGAAAGCGUGUGAAUGGGAAAAGUCAGAAACAGAGCAGGUCCAAGCCAAACUUGAAGAUGCCUCCUGUAAAAAUCAGACAACGGAAAGGCUCAAGUCCAUCUCCUGCCACAUUGAAUGUAGUGAAAAAACCUUGGACAAUUAAGGAUGAGACUUAUGAAGAAGAAGAAGAAGACAGUGAAGAAACCGAGGAAGAGGAUCGUGACAAUGCAGAGGAUGGAUGGAGGUAUGGAGGAAACGAGGAUGAUGAUGAAGAGACGGAGGAUGAAGACUAGGGCACUUUGCUAUCCUCUGGGGUUUGUGCUGCUUAUAGUAGUUCUAAAUAAAAAUAAAAAAAAUGCUAAAAUUUAAAUAAAUACAUAAUUUUUUGGCCCA